UUAUUAUUUAAAUAUUGAGACAAUUGUUGAGAAAGAAUUACAUCCAAAAACACCGUCAUAUAUUUUAGCUGUAAAUGAGGCUAUUGAGGAAAUUAAGUUAAAUACUAAAAUUGAGAAGAAAAAUUUAAAAAAUAAAGAAGAAAAAAUUAAAAAUAAAAUAUCAAAUAUUAAAAAAAUUGUUUAUAAAAAAAUGAAAAAAGAUAAUUUGGUUAGUAAAAAUUGUGAGUCAAGAAGGAAAAUGCAUGCAGAUAAGCUUGCCGAAUUUAUGAUAAAUAAAAAUAAUGCGCUUGAGGAAGAUAAGUUAGAGGAUUCGAUUAAAAAGACUACAAGUGAUUAUUUUAAAUUUAAAAAAUUUUUAUUCCAAAACUAUUCGUGUGGGUCGGUCUGA